GAAACGGUUGUUACCGGCGCUCGGCUGCCUCUUUCACCCCGAAGACACCGGAGAAGGAGGACAAAAUGUGCACCAGCGUCCAGCCCAUCGAGUGGACCACCGACCUCAAGAACCAGAACUUCGAUGGCAUCGUCCUGGUGACCCAGAGCUACGACACUCUGCCCGCCGAGCUCGAGAGUCUGAAGGCUCCUCUGCAGGACUACAGCUCUGUGGACAGCGGUCUGGGGGAGGAGGUGGUGGUCCUCAAGGUCCCUGGUCUCCCUGGUAACCGGCUGGUGUUUGCCUCCACCGGCCCCGUAAACCGCGACUACGAUGACGUCCGGCGCUUCAGUGACGCCGCCGUCAACGGCAUCAAGCGGGCCCUGAAAGCCGGCAUGCAGCGCCCCCUGCUGGUGUGUCCUCCACACAAGGACUACAAGAACAGCACCUUGGUGGCUGCACUCGGGGCCCUUCAUGCUCUCUACAUGCCUCUUGAGGUGCGAGAGGGGAACGUGAAACCCUCUGACUACAAGGUGUGUGUUCUGGGGCUGUGGGCAGCGCAGGAGGCUCAGGCGAAGAAGAUGGUGGAGCUCGCCAACGCUCUGGAGAGCGGCAGGCUGGCGUAUCGUGACAUCGGAGGCUCCGACCCUGAACGUAUGGCUGCUCCUCGUGUGGCUGAAUACGUCCAGGAGCUCUUCAGGAACAGCCCCGUGACGGUGGAAGUUGUGAGCGACCUGAAGACUCUGGAGAAGGAAUAUCCCUGUCUGGCUGCCGUCAACCGCUGUGCCAACAGCGUCCCUCGUCACCAGGGCCGAGUCGUCAGGCUGCAGUACUGUGGAGAGGGACCGAUCCAGAAGACGCUCAUGUUGGUGGGAAAGGGCAUCACCUACGACACCGGUGGAGCCGACAUCAAGGCCGGCGGCAUCAUGGCCGGGAUGCACAGGGACAAAUGUGGAUCUGCUGCAGUUGCCGGCUUCUUCCAGAUUUUAGCCCAUCUGAAGCCCAAACAUCUGAAGGUAGUCGGCGCCAUGGCCAUGGUGAGGAACAGCGUGGGUGCAGACUGCUACGUGGCCGAUGAGCUGGUGGUGUCCCGUGCGGGUCGCAGAGUGAGGGUGGGAAACACCGACGCCGAGGGACGCAUGGUGAUGGUCGACCUGCUCUGUGAGAUGAAGGAGAAGGCGGUACGUGAGACGUCUCCUCAGCUGUUUACGAUCGCCACGCUGACUGGUCACGCCAUCAGAGCCAUGGGACCCAACUACUCUAUCAUCAUGGAUAAUGGACCGGCCCAUCGCAGCGGAAAUGCUGCCCAGUGGCAGAAAGCUGGAGAGGAGCUGGGCGACGUGUUCGAGGUGUCCAGUAUCAGACGAGAGGACUACGACUUCCACAAGGGCAAGUCCGAGUACGAGGACAUUCUGCAGUGCAACAACCUGCCGUCCUCCGCCACGCCUCGAGGACAUCAGACCCCUGCAGCUUUCCUCAUCAUGGCCUCGGGGCUCGACAAGCACGGUGUGGAUUCUGCCACCCCUCUGCCGUACUCCCACAUCGACAUCGCCGGGUCCAGCGGUCCUUUCCCCGGUGUCCCAACAGGAGCCCCCAUCCUCGCCAUGGCAACCAACUACAUCCUGUCCGAGGGUCUCUAAGCAGAUGGAGUGAAAAGGCCACGGCGUCUGCACUCCGACCUUUCUCAAAUUUGUACCCGUCCAAAUAUAAAUGCCUGCCACAACACAUAAUGCAAAUUUUCAUGUCUGACAUUCCUUAAUACCUCAGACUGCUUUUCUUGUACGACUGUUCGCUGCUCUCUUUUCUAAGACCUUUGAACAUCCUUCAUAUCUGAGUCCAGUGUCAGACGAGCCUGUUAAGUGACCUGAAUCUGUAUAUUCUCAGGGUUUAAAGGCCGUUUUAAAACCAACAUCCUUUUAUAUGUGCGUCUGUACGUGUGCGACCAAACGGGGGCGUACCUGUGAUUUGUGAAGCUGUGUCGAGACGAGCGCUUCUCAUUGAUCAAUAAAUCAAUUUUUAAUGUCA